AUGACAGAAUAUGGCAAUAAGCACUGGAAAUAUGUCAGGAUAAAUGGAAAUAAGUCAGGAAUACGCACCAACAAACCAAAUGGACAUGGAAUGGAUGGACGGAGGAUGAGCAAUGGAACCGAGGAUGCGCACACCGAUGUAUCCCUGCAAGCCCACAGAGAUAUUAGUCUCUACACUGGGACACAGGAACAGGUUGAGGUCUCCAAGUAUUAUUUGGAGUAUCGUCUGAUUGAUCACACUCUGCAAGUCCACAUGUUGAUUCCAACAUACAUCAACCCCCCACAAGAGUCGAGGUCCAUCAAAAUCAGUGACUUUGUCCAAGUCUUAGUUGGAGAUUGGAUAGGAAAGAGUGGGGUUGUGCAAUGGGCAUUAAAUGUCCUCAUUUGGUUCCAGGAUGAGAUGGAGCUGUUGAUGAAUGACACUAGCAGUCACAUAGCUCUGCCUUUCAUCCAAGUUGAAGCCGUGAUAGUCGAAUGCACCCACCUUCCAGCUAUCCUCAAAUUCACCAAGGAGUGCAUUUAUGAUGUCAGACCUGGAGAUGUUGUUAGUGUUGCUCAUGGACCUGAAUUUCACACAGAGGGGGUGACACACAACAUUGACCUUGAUGCAUUCAAAAAGUACAUGAAGAAGGAUGUUUUUGUCAUUGGAGGCCAAAAAAAGGGCUUUUGGGCAAUGCUCUAUGAUUUAUCUACAGAUACCUAUAUCAUUGCUGUCCACAGUCAAUCAUGCAUAACUGUCAGAUACUCUGACAUUGCCACCAACUGA